AUGAAUGAUUCAAUAAUGAAGGAUGAAGAGGAUGAAGAUGACUUUUAUAGACAACAGAAUGGUAGUAGCAAUAGUAGUAAUAGUAAUGCCACCGGUGGUGUAAUAUACACUGUAGAAUCACUACAGAGUGAAAUGAAUAGCUACAGUCUAGAGAAACUGAUGAAGGAACCUCAACUACUAGCUAAACACAAGCAACACACCAUCGGUCAAAUGAAAUCAUUGGCAUUGCAACACUACCAAUUGUUUAUAGAUAAUUACAAUACAUUGAACUUCACUCAGAAUCAAAUGGAUACAAUUAAUGAUAGAGUAGAUUCAUUGCUGGAUCAUCUACAAUCUAUAUCGACCAGCUGUGAAUCGUUCUCGACGAUAUCGAAUCAACUAACUGUAAAGAGAGCAUCCGUUAAGAAUCUACUUGAUAACUUCCCAACCAUUCUGGAUCUUCUCGAGAUUCCACAGCUGAUGGAUACAUGUGUAAAGAAUGGCUACUACGACGAAGCAUUACAAUUAGAGUCGUACGCUAAAAAGAUAUCGAAACAAUAUCCAAAUAUUAAAGUUAUAAAUGAAAUUAUUAUUGAAGUCCAAAAGAGUACACAAUCAUUGAUUGCUAACUUACAACAACAACUUAAAGGUAACAUUUCGCUUACAGACUGUAUUCGAACAAUUGGAUUCCUAAGAAGACUGUCUAUCUAUAGAGAGAAUGAAUUGAAAACAAUACUACUACAUACACGUGAUCAAUGGUUAAUGAAUUCAAUUAAAUUUAUCAAUGAUUCAAAUCCUGUUUCUUAUUUAACAAAACUAACAGAUUGUUGUAGAACUAAUAUAUUUGAUAUUGUAACACAAUUCAGUGCUAUUUUCUCUGAUGAAUCUGAUGAUGAUUCACAAUUAGAUGAUUUAAUAUUAAAUGGGUGGGUACAACAAAAGAUACAAAUGUAUUUAACAACACUCGAGAGAACACUGCCGUUGGUAAAGGAAGGUUCUUCAAUAGCGUAUAUCUUGGAGAAUGCAAUGUACUACUCAAUGUCAAUGUCAAGAGUUGGUAUCGAUUUUAGAGGAUUGCUAUUGCCGAUCUUUGAGAAGGUUAUUACAAGUGUAUUCCUCUCACAUAUAACAACUGCAACUCACCACUUUCUAGAGGCAUUGAAAUCAUAUAGAUUCCAACAAAUCAUUACAAAAGAAAGCAACUAUCAAUCAUCAUCAUCAUCAUCCAAUCAUCUAUCACCUCCAAAUACACUAUUACAACAUCCACCACUUGCUAUCUUGACCAACUCUUUCAUCUCAUCGUAUAUCGAACUAAAAGAAUGUGCACCGCUCUCGUUGGAAUACCCACUCUCUUUGAAACUUAGAGAUACCAUUGUAACACUGACAAGUGGUGUACUUUCAUUCUACAAUCAAUCAUCUCUUACUUCAUCACAACAUCCUGUAUUCAAUGCAUUUAGUAAAUGUUUAGUUGAAGACUUCUUACCAUUUAUUAUUAGCUGUUUUGACUCUAUAUUUUGUAAUACUAGUAAAAUACCAUUGAUCGAUAUAAGUGGUAUUGUUAUUCCUCUCAUCAAGAUAUAUGAACCGACCAAACUUGAACAAAAUCAUAGAGCUAUCGAUGAACAUUUAAAAGCUAGCAACAACACUACAGAAACAACAACAACCUCACCAAUACCAACACCAACAACCCCUUCUGUCACCAUUACUUCAACUUCUACCUCUACUUCUACUUCGCCUCCACCACAACCUACUAUUGCUGUUUUACCAUCUUCACCACAACCUUCUACACCUACCACAACUGAAAUUCCCAAUAUCGAUACAAUUACUACAGCAACAACGGAAACAUCGUCAACAAAUGUAGAAAUGCAACAACAAGAUGAAAACAAACAGCCUUUAGAAGAUAUUAAUCAACAGCAACAACAACCAAUGGUUGAAGAGGUUACCACUCAACAACCAGAAGAUGAUAAUAAUUUUAGUACUAAACAACCAAUAUUGGAAAAGACAGAGGAAAUGAAAGAAAAUAUAGUUGUAGAUGAAAUCAAGUCGGAAGAAAAUACAUUGAUUGUUGAAGAACAAACUAAACCUGUAGAUGAUGAUGUUGCUGUUGUUACUCAGCAACUGCAAUCGGAUGCUACCGAAGUUCAACAACCAACAGAUCCUACUCCACCUGUAGAAAAUCAAGUCGAAUAG